AUGUCAACAUUUUUAAUUUAUUUUUUAAUUAUUAUAAAUAUUUGUUUAAUUAAUUGCUCUAAAAUUUCACCAAAUUAUUCAACAAAAAUAUCUUCAGAACAUUUUGAAAAUAAUUUUGAAGAUGAUUUUUCCUUUUCUUUGUUAGAUGAUGCAAAAAUAAAUUCAAAAAUUUUAUUUAAUAAAUUUGACAAAAUCAGCGAAAAGAAAAUUGGGAAAAUAAAACCACAAAUCAACAAACAAUCUGCUGUGAAAUUAAAAGCAUACCAAUUUAACAGCGAUUUAACAAGAGACAAAUUCUUUCCUGUGUCAGCGGCAGCAUAUGGAAAUGAAGAAAAUAUUCGAAAAUGUCUUAACAAAACAUUUAUAAAUUAUGAGCUUAUAAAUUUCACUAAAGUAUAUUGUAAUGGACAUGAAAGCCAAAUCUGUUCAGGAUUUGUUGCUUUAUCUCAUGAUGAUAAAGCAAUCAUUUUGUCAUUUCGAGGAACCAAUUCAUUCACUCAAUUAUUACUUGAAAGUUCUGAGAUUGCCUGUAAAAGUCAAACAGAAGUUAAUAUUGGAGGAAAGGUAGCUACUUAUUUCACUGAGAUUUAUGAACAACUAAAAGCUGAAGGAAUAAUUGAUUGUGUUAAGAAUUUAAUCAAAAUUUAUGCAGAUUACGAACUUUGGGUAACAGGGCAUUCUCUAGGUGGUGCUCUAGCAUCACUCGCCGCAGCAGAAAUGGUUUCUAGUGGAUUAAUUAAUGCUCAAAAUAUAAAAUUAUUAACACUUGGACAGCCAAGAACGGGAAAUUGGGAUUGGGCUGCUGCUAUGGAUCAAAUUCUUCCUUAUUAUAAUUAUCGUGUUGUUAAUCAUCGAGAUGUAAUUGUUCAUUUACCAAUGCGUUUUUUUGAGGGAUAUCACCAUUAUAGUACUGAGAUUUGGUACAAUAAUGGAAUGGAUGGUGAUGAAGAUGGGAAUGAAGAUACAUUUAUUGUUUGUAAUGAUAUGGACGAAGAUGAUGAUAACUGCAGCAAUUCACUUUGGCAAUUAAAAAUAUUUUUGAAAAAUAAUUAUUUUAUUUAUUUUUAG